AUGCAGGCAAAGGCAUCCGCGGCUUCCUCGAGUUCUGCCGAACAUUCUGGAAUGCGCUUUCCGACAUCUGGCGUGAUCUCCAAGAUGCCGGCUCAGAACACACUUGCGCAAUCCUCCCGUUCUUCUGGGGUUAAACUUAACCUCGUUGCAGAUGCGGAGCAACAGCCUGGCCUGCCAGAUGAUGUGCCCAUGCAAAUGUUCCCAAUUCUUCUCAGAAGCCAAUGA